GAAACUAAUCCAGCAAAAUGAAACCUGUCCAACUCAUCACCAAAUUGAGAUUCUUAGAAAACCCUGGAUAAACCCUAAAUUUAUCUCAACAGGUAAUAGAUACCCAAAUUCAAGCGAGAUACCUAAAAUGCAGCAACAAUGGGGGCGCACCGCCUUGACCCGGUUGAAAUGGUUACUGGGUGAUUACAGAAGUUACCAUACAAUACAAGCGAUACCAAGAGAAAUUUCAGGGCCCCGAAUUUCAGCCAGGGACAGAGCUCAGGGUCGGAUUCCCGCCGUCGUCUUCUCCCCUUCUCCCGAAGAUUCCAAAAAACAGCUUCUUACCGCUGAAAGAAAGCAGAUUCGGUCCAUUCUCAAGUCGGUUGAUCCUACCUUCUUUUGUUCCACCAUCUUCAAGCUGCAAAUUCGGGCCGGGUCCGGUUCUUCUAUCCUUCUUCAUUCAGGAAAUGUCCUCCCCACAAAGUUGCAUAGAGAUGAGGAAACAGGAGAAGUGUUAAAUAUGUCAUUUUUGUGGGCUGAAAAUGGAUCAGAGUUUGAGGUUAAUGUGCCUCUUGUUUUCAAGGGCCUAGAUUCAUGUCCCGGCCUUAAAAAAGGGGGACAGUUAAACACAAUAAGGAAGAGCCUAAAAUACCUUUGCUCAUCACAAAGUAUCCCUCAAAAGAUAGAGGUGGACAUAAGCAAUUUGCACAUUGGGGACAAGAUCUUCAUGAAGGAUAUCAAGGUUGAUUCAUCCAUCAAGCUUUUGAGCAAGAACGAUACAAAGCCCAUUUGCCAAAUUGUGGAUUCUAAUGUUGAAACUUGUACAUCACUGGAAACUUGAUCAUU